GUAAAAUGUCCGUUGCAUCAGCUGCUUCACGCGUCAAGGUCAUUUCCACUUGGCCAAUCAGGUCUCGGAUUCUUCUAUACCUUUGUUAUUAAACCCGGUUCACAAUCAUCCUUAGUCUGCUCGGCACAAUGAUUGUAACAAGCUCAAGGAACACCAUGGGGAUCUUUGGAGCACCGACCAAUAAUGUAACAAAGGCAGUGCUUCCAUCUGUCAAGUCCCCCAGGAAAGGUCGUCGUCUGAAAAAACGUCUGGAAGUUUGCGAGACAAAUUCGGAGUCACAUCAAGAAAUCACUCCUAGUCAUUAUAGAACUUUUGAGAAUGACCUUAUUCCUGGCCGAAGUCUUUCAUCACAAACCUUCAGUCCUUGCACACCAACACACUUUUCAAGCAUUCGCUACCAAGCAGUUUACUACGCUAUUCAGGAAAAAUUAUUCUCUUCUUUGUCUCAAGAAAAAUUACUUUAUAUUGAUAAUGAGCAUUUGUUAUGUGUGAACUCAGAUUUGGAUGACAAAGUUGAUGCAGCAUUGAGAGCAGAAACUUUGUUCAAAUUGUGGUCCUUACAUAGCGCCUAUUAUUCGCUUUCCUCAAUCAUAUUCUGCAAGGCAGUGUGUUUAAUGGAUUUACUGGUUGCUAAAGUCAAAGUUAAACCAAAGUACGCAAUGUGCGUGGCCGCUGCAUGCUACUAUAUCACUUCCAAGUUCGAGAGAUCAUCCGAACACGUUUCACCCACACCUGAAAGCCUUGUAACACUAUCACGAUGUGGUGGCACAGCUGCUGAUCUGACGCGAAUGGUGGAAAUUAUCCUUACAAAGUUGGGGCCCUCCAGCGUCGCUGCUAUCGGUGCAUGCUCGGCUACAGCUAUUGAUUUCCUGUCCAUUUUCUCCUCGUUCGGCAUCCCGUUUGCGUCUUAUCAGAAUGAAUCUAGAAAUCAAAACACUUGGUUGCCUGUCCCUAUUUCUAUUUGUCGUCAGAUCGAAAUAGCUCUAGCCUCCUCAGAGGUAUCGUGCUUUCGUCCUUCGUGCCUAGCACUGGCUUUGCUCAAUCAUCUUUGUUUUAAUUCAACUGUGGGGUCACUGGGUUCAGCUGACGAUUGGUUGCAGUUCCAUACGUCUGACCUCUAUAACUUGUCACUUAUAUGUAACAUUUCUUGGACUGAUGUUGUUGCAUGUUCUUCCACAUUAAAGGAAGCACUUACCAAAACAUCGGGAUCCUACACAGUUCAGGAUUACCCUUCAUCCCGUCUAUUAGGCAGCUCCCCACCACUUGUGUGGACUUUAUCAAGGCGCACACAACGCAGCAUUUCUACAUCUUCUCCUCCAGCUCUUUCAACAAUCACAGAGGUAGAUGAGGAGCGGGUUCAUUUAAAUGAUAUUUUUUCGAACAUGGAUCUGGGUUUAUAAAACUUCGAUGAGGCAUAUUCAAAUUUUAACGUUGUAUCAUCAUUUUAUUCAAAUAUCCUCCCGUCCUAUUAUUUUUCAGCUUUUAUAAUCCUAAUAUAAAUUUUGAUUAUUAAACCAAUCUGUGAUUGGGAAAUCCAAGGAAAAAAAAUCUUUUUACACUUACUGUGAAAAAAAAAACGAAAAGAUAGAAAUUUCCAUUCCUGUUGUUAUUUAUUACUGUUGUUUCUCUGAACUAUUUCCCUCUCAAAUUUUAAUCAGCUGUGUACAAAUUUCAAAACUACUUGUUUUUUAGAGAAAAAAAUUAACAAUCAGUUUACUUUAUCAGUUAAUCAGCAGCAACACUAUAGCUCAAUGUAUACCAGUACUACUAUCAGCAUAUCUUUAAUUUACUUAGUUGUUGUUUUUUUAUUUCUGUUCAUAUUAUCAAAUUACAUAAAAUCAAACAACUGUACCUGACUAGGGCUUUUUUUUCCUAAUAUUUCUCUCUCUCUCUCUCUCUCUCUCUCUCUCUC